GUUACACGUCGAGCGCGGGAAAAUCAAAAGCUUGGCCCUUUUCGCUUGGGAAUUAAAGAUUUUUCUGAUUCGGACACGAUGGAGGAGGAACGGACGCCGGUGAUUUUGAAGCUGAACAAGAACCUGACCUUGCAGCCCGUCCACGAGGGCUACUCGUACCGGCAACACCACGAGGACAGGCGCAAGUCGCAGUGGCGCACCUUCAUGUGCUCCAACUACGCAAAGUCCGGGUGCAGGGCGAAGGUGAAGACCAACUGGGAGAAGACGUUCUACCUGGAGGAGCCGCGGCCGGUGCACACGUGCGGCGGGCCCGACGAGCAGAAGUACGAGGCGACCAACUUCGCCGGCGAACUGAAGCAGGUGGCCGCCGAGACGGGCGAGAAGCCGCACGCCCUGCUCGGCAAGCACCUGAUGACCGUGCCCGACGAGGUCGCCGCCAAACUGCCCAACCUGAGCAGCCUCAAGAGGACCCUGCGCAGGGCCAAGCAGAAGAGCCGGCAGAAGCAGCAGGCCCUGCAGCAGGACCCAAACAUGGUUGUCGAAACCGUCUACUUAAAUGCUCACCCGCCGAUAAUGGACGUAACAAUCGGAAUGAUGGACACGACCAACACCAUAUUUUUCAUGUGCGACAUUCAGGAAAAGUUCAAAAACGCCAUGCUGCACUUUGACGAAAUCGUCGGCUCGGCCAGCAAAUUGGUUCGGGCGGCGCAAAUAUUGCUGGUUCCGCUGGUGGUGACCGAGCAGUACCCUCAGGGUCUGGGCAAAACCGUGCCCGAGAUUGACAUUUCCAAGGCCAAGGUGGUCAGCGCCAAGACGCGCUUCAGCAUGUUGACCCCGCAGGUGGACAAAGUGCUCGACGAGUUUUCAGACAGGAUCAAGGUCGUUGUUCUCUUCGGAAUCGAGGCGCACGUGUGUGUGGAACAAACGGCCCUGGAACUGCUGCACAGAGGCUACGGCGUCCACAUCGUGGCCGAUGCCACCACCUCCAGGACGCACGAGGACAGACUCCUUGCUUUUGAAAGACUGCGCCAAGUGGGCUGUUUCAUUUCAACAAGAGAAGCAGUAAUUUUCAAGCUUUUGGGUGACAAAGAAACGCCGAAAUUCAACGAAGUCAGAAUUCUGUUUGCAAAUACAAUGACCCCGACCGGAUUGGUUCCAAAACUUUAAAUAUAAUAGAAACUUUAGA